UAUACUGACUUUUUGUUACUAACAAUUGUGAAUAUAUCCGCGAUAGAGGAGGUUCGUCUACAACAGGAAUAAGAUAAAUUGUCUAAAGAUGUCUAUUUCUUUGAAAGUACAUGGUGAUAUAAAAAGAAACAAUUUAGAAGUACAUUAUCUUCCUGCUAAAAUAAAUGGAGACGGAAGAACUGAUGUAUCAAAUUAUUUUAGUUCGUAUACUCUUGUAGAUCAAAGCAGUUUAUUAGCAAAUGCUAUUCGAGGUUUCCCGCUAAAUGGAGAAGUGGUUAAAGUACCAACAACUCAUAAUUCAUAUGUGUUACAAGAAACUGAUCUUCCGAAUAAUAAGAAAUUUCGUAAUAUAUACAUAACUGGAACUUUCAACAAUUUCUACUAUUGGAAUUAUGAUAAAAUUCCCAGCAACGGAGAUGCGUACAAGCAGGCUUUACAUUUGCUCAAUAUAUCCAAAGAGUUCUCUGAAUUAGUAUCGGAUACGGAAAUUCAAAAUGAAAUGGAUAAAAGAAGGAAAAAUUCGAAAAAAAAUCUUAAUAAGGACUAACAAUAUAAACACAUUUAAUAAAAAUUA